AUGGCGGCACACGAGACGGCGCUUCUGGCUGCUCGCCAUAUCCAGAACUAUAGCGAUGCACAGGAGCUGGAACCGCACUGGGGCUACCUCGCCCGCAAGCUCCCGUGUACGAAUGAUGCCGGCUCAUGUGCCUAUCUGGAUCAGGUCUACGAGUCGCACGACCUGGGAAUGCUGUAUUCCGGCAUCCUCUGGGCAACCAUCGGCAGCAUCCUAUUCCUCUGGGCCAUUGGGAGGCGGGCCUUUCCAUCAACUCGAGCCGACGGGUUGCUCUACGGAACCGUAGGCGCUGCCAAAUCCUCGACAGCGCGGAUAAGACGGACAAUAGCAACCUACGUACGGAUAACAUUGCUACCUGAGGCUGUACGUCCCAUCUUCGGCCGAACGACGCGACUCCAGGUCCUCAUUUUGGCCGUGCUAUCAGGAUACCUCUUGAUAUGGAGCUUUGCCGGCAUAGCUUACAACACAUGGAUCACGCCCGUGAAGAACUCACCCGGCUUAUACAAUACAAGAACGAGUAUGGGACCGUGGUCCGAUCGCAUCGGUAUCUUGGCCUAUGCCCUCACGCCGCUAGCCAUCUUGCUGAGCUGCAGAGAAUCAAUCCUCUCCGUACUCACAGGAAUCCCCUAUCAGGGCUUCAACUUCCUUCACCGGUGGCUAGGCUACAUUAUUGUGAUCCAAGGUGCCUUGCAUACUAUUGCUUGGACUAUCAUCGAGGUCCGCCUGUACCAACCGCAACCCACCACCGCCCUGGAAUGGGCCACCGAGACCUACAUGAUCUGGGGUAUGGGGGCCAUGAUCCUCUCCCUGCUCCUCUUCGUCCUGAGCACCCCGUGGGCCAUCCGCCUCACAGGUUACGAAUUCUUCCGAAAGGCCCAUUAUGUCCUGGCAAUGGUGUACGUCGGGGCCUGCUGGGGACACUGGAAGCAACUGAAGUGCUUCCUCCUCCCAUCUCUGCUCAUCUUCUUCCUCGACCGAGCCAUCCGACUUGUGCGGACGGGCCUUAUCCACUACCAAUACCUACCCAAUGGCUCGAUGGGUUUCCGAGCCGCCCAGGCCUCACUCACUCACUUUUCCGACCCCGAACAUGGCGAUGUCGUGAGAAUGGACUUCGUCCACCCCCAAAAUGCGUGGAAAGUCGGCCAGCAUUUCUAUAUCUGCUUCACCGAGUGCAGCAUCUGGCAAUCCCACCCUUUCACGCCAUUGAACCUACCGGAGAUACGAAACGGCCUCGUCUCGCACUCGUACAUCUUCCGAGCCAAGAAGGGAGAGACCAAGACAGUCGCCGACCUGGCCUUGAAGAAAGCUUCCGCAUCCGACAAGGUGACAACCCCACUCAUCCUGACCGGACCAUGCGGCGAGUCCAUCGUGGAGACCUUGACACCGGAUGCGAACGUGCUGUGCGUUGCUGGCGGAACAGGCAUUACCUCCGUCCUCCCAGUCUUACUCGGUCUUGUGCAGCAACCAGCGGUGAGGGACCGCAAGAUCCAGCUAGUCUGGGCCAUUCGGCGAAAGGAAGACAUGCAUUGGGUUGAGCAGGAAAUCAACUCGAUAUACAAAGCGGCAAAGUCGCACAAUGUCGAGGUGCAUAUCUACGUGACGAGGGAAGCGAGUAGCAGAAGCCCCUCAUUACGAGACGAUAAGUCAACACAGGGCGAAACGCAAGUAAGGGAGGCUAGCGGCCCUUCCUCUGCCGCGACGUCCAUCAAGGGGGUCCACACGCACACGCACACAUCGAUAUACGUCCAGAAGAUCGGCGGCGAGGGCUUCGACCGGCAUCCGGACCUCAAGAAGCUCGUCAACGAGUUCGUCGAGAGCACAGUGGCGGGACCUACGGGGGUGUACGCCAGCGGACCCUGUGGCAUGAUCAGUGACCUCCGAAGCAUCGUCGCGUCGUGCAACUCGGGCACGAAGGUCUGGAGGGGCAAUGAGCGGUUUGAUGUCAGCUUGACGUGCGAUGAUCGGUUGGAGUGGUGA